GUUUGCCGAGAAAAGUGACUUGUUCAAAGCAUUUAAAGCAGAUGUGUGGCACAUAUUACUCCAACUCUGCAGCUCUGCUAUCAUCACAAGUCGCCUUCUUCUUCGUUCCUCAUACACACACACAAACAAAAAGAAGAAAAAGAAAAAACAAAGCCAUGGCAGUAGUAGCCUCCACAUUGCUAGGAUUUAUGUUCCCACCUCCUCCUUCUCUUUUCAUCAACACCAUGUCUGUAAUCAGUGCAACUUCAUUAGCUGUUUCUGGGUUAUCUGAGAUCAGAGGCAAACACUUGCAAUAUUCCAAAUUCUGGGAUGUUUCUCAUCCUCAAAACCCGCAACCCAAAAACCAAAUUAAGCUUUCAAGCAGAACUGGGAUGCUUUUGCUUUACACUCCUGCCUUCCUUGCUGCUUUCUCAUCCUUCCUGUUUUUCCCCAUUAAUGGUGGUGAUAUCAGAUUCCUCCUCCUCAGUUCUGCUUUAGCCCUCCAUUUCUUCAAGAGGGAUUUUGAGGUUCUGUUUGUUCACAGAUAUAGUGGUGGGAUGGUUCUUGACAGUGUCAUUGUUAUAACCCUAAGUUAUUUCUUAUCCACUGUAAGCAUGAUUUAUGCACAGAAUCUAACACAAGGGCUUCCUGAUCCACCAAUUGAUUUAAAGUACCCUGGAGUUGUGCUUUUUCUAGUAGGGAUGUUUGGGAAUUUCUACCACCAUUACCUUCUUUCUCAACUAAGAGGAAAGGGUGAGAAAGAGUAUAAGAUUCCCAAAGGUGGUCUAUUUGGGCUUGUUAUUUGCCCACACUACCUGUUUGAGAUAAUGAUUUUUGUUGGGGUGUCAUUUAUUUCUCAGACACUCUAUGCAUUCUCAUUCACAGCAGGAACAAUUUUCUACUUGAUGGGAAGGAGUUAUGCCACUAGGAGAUGGUACCUUUCCAAAUUUGAAGCCUUCCCUCAACAUGUCAAGGCUCUCGUUCCAUUUGUCUUUUAAACAUGUAUGUAUAUGUAUAUAUAUGUGUGUGUGUGUGUGUGUAUCAUCUAAAACCAUAAUUCUGUAAAGGGUUGAAGAUGAAAGAACUGUUGUUGCUGUCCUUUUUUCUUUUCUUUUUUUGUGUUUGCGUUGGGGUGGGGGUGGGGGUGGGGGCGGGGAGGGAAGGGGUUUGUUUUUUCUUUGGUCAAAGAAGGGAAGGAUUGCAUAACUGUAGCUUUCAAUAAUUGUGGUGGAAACAAACAAUUUUUUUGAAUUUAAGAAAAGGAAACCAGUUGUGAUAAUAAUUAAAACUUUAGACUUUGUGGUCACUGACAAAGUUUCUUGGCUGAUUAAGUUGCUUCCAAUGUGUAAGAUCGUUAUAUAGACGACUCUUGUUUUGGGUCUGCAUAUGAAAAUUGCAAAUCAUAUACAUGGUCAUUCUUUAUUAUGAGUGUAUAUGCGUGUGCGUGUGUGUGUGUGUGUGUGUGUGUGUGUGUGUGUGUGCAUUCUUUAUUAUGAGUGUAUAUGCGUGUGUGUGUGUGUACGCUACUCUUGGUUUUUUUGGCUGAAAGUGGGGUGUUAUAAAACCAAAAGGAGCAAACAUACAUACAAUCAUGUUGCUAAUGAAUCAGGUCAUGGUGAUACUACUACUUUCCUGGUUCAUUGUAGAUACAAAAAGAUUGGAAAUGUUAGAAGGAGACACCGAGCCUAAUCUUACAUUUACAAGAGUCCAGCGGGCAACCAUAUGAGCCAACCCAUUGUUUUGCCUCGGUGUCCACUGAAAAGAGAUUGAAUCAAAAAAAGGUGAUCAGCUCCCUGAUAUUCCUAAUGAAGCUAACAGCUGUCCAAUGAGUAGACUUUCCCGGAUCCUUCACACUUUCGAUAACUGAUUUGGCAUCGCUUUCGCAGCAUACUUUAGUGAAACCUUCUUCAAGUGCCAAGCUGACAGCUUUAUAUAACGCAGCCGCUUCAGCAGCUUCAGGAUUAUCCAUUCUUUCCUAAAAGCUUGAAUUUUUAUCACUUUGCCAGUAUGACUUCUAGCAACUAAACCAGGCCCUGCAUGCCCCUUUCCUAAGGAGGCAUCAGUGUUAAUCUUGAUAGUUCCCACAGGAGGCUUGCACCAAGAGGAGAUCACUCUCUGCUCAGCUCUAGGGGAUCAAGCCAAAACUGAGGCUAUAAACUCAUUAUAUCUACCAUACAACAGCUUUACUUGUUCCUCAAGGCAGCAAUUAACUCCUUCAAAAAGUAGUUUAUUCCUCGCGUCCCAUAUCGUCAUUAAGAUAAGAGCUGCAAAGAGGAAAAAAUUGCUUCUAUCACUGGAAUGAACUGGAAGCCUAUCCUCCGGAUUAGAUAAACGAUCAAAAUAGGAUUCCAAACCAUUAGGUUGAUCUUCGCUCCAUCUGAUGCUCCAAGGGGAAGGCAACCACAGAGCUCUGGCCACAUGACACUGGAAGAAGAGAUGGAUUUCAUCCUCGGUUCUGGGCUGUGCAUAUGACAAUUGCAAAUAACAUACUUGGUCAUUCUAUAUUAUGUGUGUGUGUGUGUGUGUGUGUGUGUGUGUGUUUGGCCAUUUUUUAUUAUAUGUGGAUGUGUGCGCCUGUAUGUAUGUUUGGUCAUUCUUUAUUGUGUCAGUGUGUGCGCGUGCGGAAAUAGUGAUUGAAAUACGGCGUUGAAAAACAUUGUGUAUAUGUGUGUGGAAAUAGUGUUUGAAAAACAGAGUUGAAAAACAGUGUGUUAUGGAAAUAGUGUUUGAAAACAGAGUGGGGGUGGAAUGAGAAAUUUUGGGGGUGGUCUUGCCUGCUAGUGACUGAAAAAUGACAUACUGAAUGGAACAUGUAUAGAAAGUCAAUAAAGGUAGCAACAAACUAUUGGUAGAGUAAGUUUGCGAAGAAGUUGAGAUUCUUGUGUUAAA